AUGGGCAAAUGCAGCAAGCUCCGGCAGAUGCUGCUGCAGCGGUGGCGCCACGCCGCGGAGGCGCCUCCGGACGUCCCGGCGGGCCAUGUGGCGGUGGUGUGCGUGGGCGCCAACUCCCGGCGGCGGUUCGUGGUGCGCGCCUCCCAUCUCAACCACCCCGCUUUCCGGCAGCUGCUCCGCCGGGCCGAGGAAGAGGAGUACAGUUCCCCUUCCUCCGGCGGCCGCCCUGGCCCGCUCGCCCUCCCCUGCGACGAGGCCCUCUUCCAGCGCCUCAUCAUCCUCAUCUCCUCCUCGUCGUCUUCUUCCUCGCGGUCACAGAACUAUUGCAGCCUCGAGGGAUUCGAGGCCGUGCUUUCUAGUCCUAAUGGUUCUUCCUUCGCCGGCGACUCCCUGCCGUUGCUCCGCGGCAGCUCGAGCAUUGCACACUAG